CCGCGGCGACGUCCGCCCCUGGCCCUCGGGUGGCCGUCCCAGGAUCGUGAUAUUAUGCCGAUGGGGAGCAGCUUCCAUCUCGCACGAGUCCACCGCGUCCUUCGCCGCUUCCUUCUCGCACCCCGGCGCGACGUGCUCGGAGAGAGUUUUCCGCUCUCGAGCGCCGGGUUUCCUGCCCCGCGUCAGUUUCCCGCUCGCAGGUUUUCCGCGCGCGAGUUCCGCUCGCGAACGCGAGAGUCCCUCUCGCGAGUUCCUCCGCGCGUGAACCUCUUCCGUCGCUCUUCUUCCCUCGCGAAUCUUCGAGGACGCCGAUUUUCUUGCAUCGUUCGCGCGGCUUCCGCGCUAUCGAGCUUUCGUCGGUUGCCAAUUCAUCGCGAAUGAGAGUCUGCUGAUCAAAAGAAAAGUGCAAAACAAAGUGCCCGGUCCGACAAGAUGAAUCUAAAGCGGUGAUUACUAUUGUGACGUGCUGAUGUUUCACAUCUUGAGUCCCGAGGAAAAAAGAAGAUCGACGUGGCUUCAAAGGAUCGGGAGGUUUAAUAAGAAUGCGGAGCUUCAAAAAGAGGAUGAACUGCUUGCAGAAUGCAGCGGUGUGCGUCGUAACGGCGCGCUAGCAGAAUGCAUCUUCGAGUCGAUUCUCAUCUAGCGAGAUGCUGAAGGAAGUCGGCUGCGGGAGCAUUACUCCCCCGCCCGGGGACAGCGGUGAGGCGAACAAUCGGCAGGUCGGCGCGAACGAAGGCGGCGGCGGAGGCGGCGGUAACGGCGGGGGUGGCGGCGGUAUCAGCGGCACCGAGGUUCCUCUCGGCUGCGGAGGCUGCGGAAGGGAGAUCGCUGAACGCUGGUAUCUACAGGCGGCCGAACGUGCAUGGCACUGCGACUGCUUACGUUGCUGUCACUGCCGGGUGCCUCUGGCCACCCAGACGUCCUGCUACGCCAGAGACGGCAAUAUUUACUGCAAAGAAGAUUAUUACAGACUAUUCGCGGUGCCACGAUGCUCCCGAUGUCGCGCCGGUAUUCCCGCCUCGGAGAUGGUGAUGCGCGCCCGCGACUUGGUGUAUCACGUGGCGUGCUUUAUUUGCGCAUCCUGCGGCACUCCGCUGAACAAAGGCGACCAUUUCGGCCAACGAGACGGCCUGGUGUAUUGCAGACCACACUACGAGCUGCUGUGCUGCGCCGGGGAUUACGGGGGUGCCGCGGGCGGCAUCGAGGACCUCGGCUCGCCGGUGUCGCCGCUUCCGUCUUACUACGAGCAGAGUCCGAUCGCCACCACCGGCACGGUGCAGAAGGGCCGGCCGCGGAAGCGGAAGCUGUCGGAAGUCACCGGCUCCGAGCUACCUGUCACGAUGAGACUGGCCGCUGGAGCGCUCGGUGAGUCCAGCCAAUUUGAACUCGCCAUUGCAGAACUCCUGCAUCCCACGGAGCUGUCCUCAUCGAUGGAGUCGCUGGCCGCGUACGACGCGUCCGUGGGCUCGCCGGGCCCGGUGCACCAGAGCCAGCGUACGAAGCGUAUGCGCACCAGCUUCAAGCACCAUCAAUUGCGAACCAUGAAGAAUUACUUCGCGGUAAAUCAGAACCCGGACGCCAAGGAUCUCAAGCAGCUCGCGCAGAAGACCGGCCUGUCGAAACGGGUGCUGCAGGUGUGGUUUCAAAACGCACGCGCGAAAUGGCGACGGAACCUGAUGCGGCAGGACGGCGGCAACGCCGGCAGCAACGUCGGCUGUUCUGGCACGCCGGUGUCCUCCAGCACCGGCAAUUCCCCAAAUAUCGGGCCGGCCGCCAGCAUCCUCGGCGACAGCAACAGCAUGCCCUCGACUUCCAUAGAGGAGCUGCACGCCCUACAACACCUGCACUCCGGCGUCUCCUCUCAGGUGUCCUUCUCCGACCUCUACUGACGACGGCUUGAGAUGGAGGAGGACGCUUACAGCAGCCUCUCCGGCCAUCUUGGAUGAGGGAUUAUCGCGCCUUCUCGAAAAUCGACCCUGAAGAGCUCAGCGAGUCGAUGACACACAUCCGUUAUCGUUUCCGGAGGAAAUCUCAUCGAUAAACGCUGGCGUCAACAAUGGCGGCUCCGAAACAUCUACAGUGAUUUAUGCCGUAGUUUCAGAAACGAUUAUCCGAAUUUCACGGCGAUAUAGUUGAAUUUCGUGCGGAAGAAAUGUUAAUCGCGCGAAAUCGAACGGUUUCCUUCAAGGUUUUCAACAUGAUGUCGUUUCGAGAGACUAGAAAACGUGUGACAAGGAAAGCAGCUCGUCGGAGGACUUUUCCGAAGGAGCGGAUAGAAAUCUAGCGGAUAAAAUUUCGGAGGACGAUUAUGUUUAAGUAAUCAGUGAUAAUAUUCAUAGUUCCAUGCACAUCCGAAUUACCAAAGAUUACUAGACGAAAAUAGUAAGAGUGUAAUCUAGGUAUGUACGCAACGAGGGAGUAUCAUUAGCGAUUGUAUCGAUAAUUAUCGGUAACGGGGUCUCGGUUCACUGUUGAACAUAUAGAGUGUUCCAGAAAGAUGUAUACCAGUUUGUGUGUUCCUGAAGAAACUCGGAUGAUUUUUGUUCAUAGCGGACGGUCCGUUCACAAAAAUACAAAAAUAGAUAAAAAUUCGA